AUGGAGGACCGACCUUUGAGUGUGGAAGAAGAGAGAGAGUUACAAGAGCUGAGAGAAAAAGUUAAAUUAGUCCAUCAAGAAGCUUAUGAAGAAAUAGAUGCCGAAGAUGUUUACCAACUCACGGGAGCCGCCAAGGAUCGCAUUGCUAGGCCCGUCAAAACAUCUCCAGCAUCUUCUGUGGAAAGCAACAUUGAUGAUGACAAACUCCUGUCCCCUGUUCUUUCUCCGUCUAAGAUGAAGCAAAAGGAAUUGUACGGGUCGCCCAAGAGAUCCGCUUCUCCCACAAAAGAGGAGAAGGAGAACGCCGAACGCAAGCUUAAAGAUGAGCGAGAGAGGGAAGAAAGGGAGAAACAAGAGGUAGAAAGAAAGUUACAGGCAGAGAAGGAACAGGCUGAGCGGGAAAUGAAAGAAAUUGAGGAACUAGAGUCAAGAGAAAAGGCUGAGAGAGAAGACAGGGAAAGGAAAGAGAGGGAAGAAACGGAGAGACAAAUGAAGGAAGAAAGUGAGAGAAAAGAGAGAGAAGAGAGGGAGAGAAAAGAGAAAGAGGAAAGGGAACGAUUAGAGAAGGAAGAGAGAGAGAUAAAAGAGAAGGAGGAAAGAGAACGUUUGGAACAGGAAGAAAAAAAUAGACUGGCCAAAGAGUUACAACUAAAGCAAGAGGAAGAGUUGAAAGAGAAUGAGAGGUUGGCCCAAGAAGCAGAAAAGCUUCGACUGGAAGAAGAGGCACAACAAAAGCAAGAGGAAGAGAUGAGAGAGAAGGAAAGGUUGGCCCAGUUGGAGAUUGAUGAAGCUGAAAAAUCCAGACAGACUGAGACAGGAGAGGAGGUGGUAAGGGACGUUCCAGAGACACAUGCUGCCAUUGAGUCCGUGGUAACUGUAGAAGACGAUUUUAUCACGGUGGUUCAAACUAUUGACGAAGCGGAGGAGCCCGGUCAUAGCGUCCGGUUUUCAGCUCCCGUCGAGGCUGAGGUUCUGGGGGCAGAAGUUCAUGAGGAGGAGGGAGAUGAGGAGGAGGUGGAGGUUGCCCAAGAAGAAGAGCUGGAGAGGGGUAGUGAGGAGGAGGUGCCAGAGACCCCAACCAGUCCAGAGAAGGAGACAACUUAUGAACCCACAGAGAGUUAUGACAGAGAUGAGACCACAAUGGAUGAUUCAAUACUGGACAGCUCGUGGGUGGAUACACAAGAUGAUGACAGAAGCAUGGCCACUGAACAAAUAGAGCCUCUGCCUAAAGUUAUGACUCCAGUCAAACAGCAAGUCCAGAGGAAGCCAUCACAGGAGAAGAAGACUGAGAAGCAGGAGAAACAAGUCAAACCCAAAACCAAGUCCACCAGACCGAAAGGCCGGAUCUCCACCCCUGAGCGCAAACCCGUGCGCAAAGAUCCCACGCACAUUGCCAGAGAGGAGGUCAAGAAGAAGAAAGCACUUGUAAAGAAGACAGAGAUGACCAAAAAAGCUGAAGUUCAAACUCACUCCCCGUCCCGGCGGACUCCUCUGAGGGCAGCCGUGCGUCAGACUCGGCCUGUUCAGCAUCACUCGUGUCCCAGGAGGAGAACCACAGAGUCAUUGCCUGAUGGACGCCAGCCUCUCAGUGUGGCCAGACAGUCACAAGACAGAGCGUCUUGCCAUCGUCCACCACUAACAAAGACCCCCACCUCCAUAUCCAGACCUGCUGCCUCUUUAGAUAAAGCAACUAAACCUUUCCUAUUUUUAUACAACCUCGUAGCCAAGGAUGGAGGGUCUCGAAGCCCCAUGAGGAGAUAUGCUCGUCCCACAGCCACAUGGACUCGACGCGUUCACCAAGACCAUGAGGAGAGUUCCACCUCCAUCACCAGCUCUGGCUCCACGGCCCCUCGGAGACCCACCUCUUUUCGGACUGAGAUGAAAGCGGAGUUUAGGACUGGGCGGGCCCCUAUGACAGUCUCACAGUCGAUGCGCUCCCGUUCAGCCCGUAGUGGUCACUCCACCCCCCAGACGCCUGGCUCGGCGGCCGUCACCCCAGGGACUCCUCCCAGCUACACGUCCUCCUCCCGGACCCCACUGACGCCGCGCUCCCUCAGCCUCAUGUCCCAGGACCGGAGAGUGGCUGUGGUCCGUACUCCGCCUAAGUCACCUGCCACAACCCCCAAACAGCUGCGCAUCAUCAGUGAACCGCUGCCCGACUACAAGAACAUCAAGUCCAAGAUCGGGUCUACAGAGAAUAUCAAGUACCAGCCCAAAGGAGGCCAGGUGCAGAUACAGAACAAGAAGAUUGACUUGAGCCAUGUGACGUCAAAGUGCGGCUCUCUAGACAACAUCAAUCAUCGACCAGGUGGCGGUCACGUGCGUAUAGAAAAUGUGAAGUUGGACUUCAAAGACAAAGCCCAAGCCAAGGUGGGUUCCCUGGACAAGGCCCACCACACUCCAGGUGGCGGCCGAGUGCUGAUAGAAAGCCACAGGCUCCUGUUCAGAGACCAGGCCAGAGCUCGGGUCGACCACGGAGCCGACAUCGUAGUCCAGUCUCCACGGCGAUCGGGCUCCAUGUCGCCCAGCCGCUUCCGGGAGAGCCACCUAUCCUCCUCUGGCAGCCUGAACUUCAGCGAGUCCCUGCAGCUCUCCACUCUGGCCAAGGACGUGAGCGCCGCUCUGGCCAAACAAGGCUUGUGA